AUGGGUACUGGGUGGGAAUUAACCAAAGCUUUAAAAGACAAAAUAUUCCAAUAUGCUAUUUACAACCAAACGCCAAUAUCUUUGCGACAAAUGGUGCAGUUCGGCCCUACACCAUCACCGGGAUCGAUCUUUCUAGCUUCCAAGUUUAUUGUUGAGGAGUUACCGAUAAGAUUAGCCAAGAAGGUGAAGGAUUUGGAGUAUGCACCCUUGGGAUUGAACGAAAGUCCAUCCACCAUAAAAGUUAAAGACUGGUAUGCCCAGUCAUUCCAAGAGUUGACGGAGUUGCCCAAGCCGGUGAUUGAUGAAAAUUUGAAAAAAUUGUUGUAUAGUAAUAAUGGCAACAGUCAAGGGUUCAAGAUUGAUGAUAAGGACGACCAACCGAAUAUCCAGGAAGAGAUUCACAAGAUUUCUGAGGUGCAAGAAGAUAACCCAGCUAUUAAUAAUGUAUUUAGCGAUGAUGGAAUAGUGGUUCGGCACCAUCAUCACCAUCAAAACCUUGACCACACGAAACUACCCACCGUUAGCAAAACUAGAAUACCGAGAAACGACCAAGAAAAUACAACCAUAAGAAGUGAAUCGCCUACGUAUGGCAUGACCUAUUUCCUGCCUUGUCCUACGAAUAUUGUAUGGCCCAAAGAAGUCUACGCAUACAAUAAGACAGUGUUUGAAGCGUUGGAGAAGAUCAAAAAGAGACAUGAUGCAACAGUCGCAACCAUGGCUCAAGGAGUUCAAGAAUGGAAAUCUAAAAACAAAACUGUUUUUGUCAACUCGCAAAUUCAAACUUUUCUUGACCGCUUCUACAUGUCGAGGAUUGGAAUUCGGAUGUUGAUUGGCCAACAUUUAGCAUUGAAUAUGGCACAAAACUCGCCAACCAAGCAGCGGCUACUGAAACUUAUCAACGGUGCUGAGGGAACCACGAAGAAACCAGGUAGGUCGAAUUAUGUUGGUGUCAUUUGCACUGAUUGUAAUGUGGGUGAGAUUGCUGAGGACGCCAUUGAAACUGCAAAGUACAUCUGUGAAGAGUUUUAUGGGUUGUUUGAAGCACCUGAAAUACAGUUGGUUGCACCACAGCAAGACAUCAGUUUUAUGUAUGUUCCCGGACACUUGAUCCACAUGUUGUUUGAGACUUUGAAAAACUCCUUACGUGCAACCAUUGAAUUCCACACCCCAAAAUUGAAGCAGAAGUAUGUUGACGAACACCCGGGCACGAAGUUAGACGAGGUUGACAUUAAUGACUUGGAAUACCCACCAAUUAAAGUCAUCAUAUCUGAGGGAACAGAAGAUAUCGCAAUCAAAAUCUCGGACGAAGGUGGAGGGAUCCCCCGUUCGUCCUUACCCUUGAUUUGGACAUACUUGUACACGACCGUGAAUGAAACACCCAAAUUAGAACCAGAGUACAGCCAAACUAGCUUCAAAGCACCAAUGGCUGGAUUUGGUUACGGCUUGCCCAUUAGUCGUUUAUAUGCACAAUACUUUGGAGGUGACUUGAAGUUGAUUUCAAUGGAAGGUUACGGAACAGAUGUGUAUUUGCACUUGAACAGGUUGAGUAGCUCAAAUGAGCCGUUACCAUGA